AUGGGCAUGUGCGUGGACCCUGGGGUUUUCCGGUGGUGUCAGGCAUUAAGCCGGUCGCGAUCGUGUGCCACAAUAACCACACCCAAAUCGACCGAUUCGAGGGAAACCUCUCUGUACGUUGGCCAAACCACCGGAGGACGCAAGGGUAGCAGUAGCGACCAGGAAGGGGAACGGUGUCGCAGUUGCUGCCGACGGCGGCAAAACGCAACAAUAAACGGAACAGAUUCUAAAGCGAAAACAGUUAGCAAUUAUACUAGGAGUAAUACCAUUGCCGGCGAUAUCCUCGAGGAUACGCUCCAUUGCCAGCAAUCAUCGUCAACGUUGUUGGUCGGCCUGGACAUCGAUAGUAAAGUAAGGCGGAACGUGUUUGACGCCAGCGUUCGAAAUAGUGAUAGAUCGUUGCAUCGUUUGAUUUCGUCGUUUUUGCUGGUAUUAUGUUUCACGUUGGGCUGCUGUACAAUUAAUCCUCCGCAAGAUGCGGUGCACAUUACUGCGAUCCUCGGCGAAAGCGUUGUGUUCAACUGUCAUGUUGACUUCCCGGGCGAUCAUCCAGUUCCCUAUGUCUUGCAAUGGGAAAAGAAGGUGAGCGAAAAAGGACAGGAGAUACCGAUUUUUAUAUGGUACGAAAGCUACCCGACACACAGCGGAGAAGGAUACGAGGGACGUGUUUCUAGGGUUCCACCAAACUCCACGUUUGGCGCGGCAUCACUGAAUCUUACGGACAUACGCGAGUCCGACCAGGGUUGGUACGAGUGCAAAGUAGUCUUUCUCAACCGACCUCCGAAGCAGCAUAAGAACGGCACAUGGUUUCACCUGGACGUCCAUGCACCGCCGAGAUUUAGUGUAACGCCAGAGGAUAUAAUUUACGUUAACUUAGGUGACUCUAUAAUAUUGAAUUGCCAGGCAGAUGGCACACCAACACCAGAAAUUUUAUGGUACAAAGAUGCAAACCCGGUGGAUCCGUCCUCUACUGUUGGUAUCUUUAAUGACGGCACCGAGUUGCGGAUUAGCACCAUCCGGCACGAAGACAUCGGCGAUUACACGUGUAUCGCGCGCAAUGGUGAGGGACAAGUCUCCCAUACCGCCCGUGUUAUAAUAGCGGGCGGCGCUGUAAUCAUGGUGCCGCCCACUAACCAGACAAAGCUGGAGGGUGAGAAAGUGCAGUUCACCUGCGAGGCAAAGGCAAUGCCGGGAAAUGUAACAGUAAGAUGGUUCCGUGAAGGGUCACCGGUAAGGGAAGUGGCCGCUCUCGAGACGCGCGUCACCAUCCGCAAGGAUGGGUCACUGAUCAUCAAUCCGGUCAGCGCGGACGACUCUGGUCAAUACACGUGUGAGGUAUCGAAUGGCAUCGGAGAACCACAAAGUGCUUCGGCUUAUUUAAAUAUAGAAUAUCCUGCCAAAGUGACCUUCACCCCAACAAUACAAUACUUACCGUUUCGUUUAGCUGGUGUUGUACAAUGCUAUAUAAAAGCGAAUCCUCCUCUACAAUAUGUAACAUGGACCAAAGAUAAACGAUUGCUGGAACCUUAUCAAACGAAAGACAUAGUUAUAAUGAAUAACGGUUCGCUGCUGUUCACGCGUGUGAACCAAAACCACCAGGGUCGGUACACGUGCACACCCUACAACGCGCAGGGUACGCAAGGGUCGUCUGGUCACAUGGAGGUGUUGGUGCGCAAACCGCCGGCAUUCACUGUCGAGCCGGAUCCGCUGUACCAGCGUAAGGUGGGUGAAUCGGUCGAAAUGCACUGUGAUGCGCAGGAGGCAGAAGGCACCUCUAAGCCGACCAUCCAGUGGCAACGGCGCGACGGCCAGCCGCUGCAGAAGAACCGUGUCAAGAUAAACAACGGCAAUAUUACGAUCGAAAACCUGCGGCGAUCCGACUUCGGAUACUAUCAGUGUGUGGCAUCAAACGAAGUCGCUACCAUCGUGUCCGCCACCCAGUUGGUGAUAGAGGGGACGCAGCCCCAUGCCCCGUACAAUUUGAGUGGCUCAGCAACCGAGUUUUCCGUUACGCUGUCCUGGAUGCCGGGCUACAGCGGCGGACCGGACUACAAGCAGGACUACACCAUCUGGUACCGGGAGGCAGGCGUAUCCGAGUGGUCUACCAUUCCCGUGACGCCAUCCGGCAGCACGCAAGUGACGAUCAACCGUCUGUCGCCCGGUACGACGUAUGAAUUCCAGGUGAUCGGUAAAAACGCUCUGGGCGAUGGCAUGAUGAGCAAGGUGAUAACUAUACGAACACUCGACAUCGAUAGCUAUAAGUCCAUUUUAUUCCCCAUCGACUCAACUGGUUCAACUUUUUUUCCGCCGGUCUUCCGACCCACAGGUCCCAAACCGGGUCAACCGCGGAACGUGACGGUGGUUGAAAUUCCGAACGGUUUCCUCAUCUCGUGGCAGGUCCCGCUCGAACGGGCCCACUUGGUACAGUUUUACACGAUCAAGUACCGAACGGACGCUCAGUGGAAGACGCUCAACCGGGGACAGAUUCGACCAGAGGAAACUUCUUACCUCGUUAAGAAUCUGGUCGGAGGCCGAACGUACUAUUUCCGCGUGUUGGCCAACUCGCUGAAGAGCUACGAGACGAGCGAGGAGAUCAAAUUUCCUGUUCCGGCACGGGUGAAGCACAAAGCCAUCACGGCCGGCGUAGUCGGUGGAAUCUUGUUCUUCAUUGUAGCUAUCAUUCUGUCAAUCUGUGCCGUCAAAAUAUGCAAUAAGCGUAAGCGUAGAAAACAGGAAAAAGAACUCAACAUGGUAACAGCGAGACUAACGGAUAGGAAUGCACUUAGUCAACCAAUACCAUUGAGGAGAUUUAUGCAAGGAGAAAGCAAAGCAAGCCGAUUACCCGGCCUAAACAUACUGAUAGCUAUAUUACACUGGAUUUGGCCACCAGGACGUUGUCAAAACUGUGAUUCUAUAUAUUCGAAUAAAUAUACCGGCGACCAAGCUAUGAACGUUGGGCAAAUUCAUCGCGCCGCUGACGGUCGGUUUGUGCUGUCGCAGGAUCUGGUGGACGGUAUUGUUUCGCUCCGCAACAGCAUCGUUUCGCAGUACAGCAGCAGUGAUGAUGGAGGCUUCCUGCCGAAGAGGCUUCCAACGAUGACGAAGGCAUCGUGGCGGCGCCCGCUCGUUUCCUUUCCGAGCCAGCUCAGUUUGCAGUUUGAAGAAGGCAGCGGUGGUGGUGGUGGUGGUGUUGGUGGUAAUGGUGGAGGAGGAAUGCCACAGCAAGCACAACCCCAACAGUCGCUAUACACCAACACCAUGCCGGGAAACGUGAUGAUAUCCUCGGUGAGUUCCAACGUCCCCAUGAUGAUGGCGGCGCAAACACUCUACACCACGCCGUCGCGCGUUUCGAAGGUGGUGGCCAGCUCGCCAGCUACUUCCAGUCCGCAGGUGGUCAAUUCUCCUUGGUCACCACUUUACUUCAGCGAUCUCAGUUCGGUCCACCAUCUCAGCUCGGCCGAACGUUCCUUUCCAACGCCACAGAGCAUGCACUCUGUGCAACGCUACUAUAACCACGAGCUACCUGUUCUCCAAAGUUUGCAGCAUCUGUCCACCAGCCAGCUGCAGCAGCAGCAACAGCAGCAGCAUCAGCAUCAUCUACAUCAUAAUCACAAUCACCUCCAUCUGGCACACGGCUUCAUCCCGGUGGACGUGCCAACCAACUUGUCCUACUACCAUGGCCAACCGGGCGGUGGUCAAUCAGCCCAGGAGCAAACUCAGCAUCAAAAUGUGUAUCAAAACGUACCCCCAUGGGGAUACUAUGGGGGUGGGGCGACCGGAGGCACCUUCCCUUACAGCAAUCGUCCAAAGCUUUUCUCACGCUACUACCCGCGAAGUAUGCCGCGAAGUUUGAACCGCACCAUUCGUGAGCUACGAUCUCCGAUGCUGAAUCUCAACCUCAGCACGACCCCGCUCAGUGCCGGUGGGUUGGAAAACUCGCCUCAGAGCUAUUCCAGCUCUAGCGGCUUUGGAAGCAAAAAUACUUCGAGUAACAACACCCAACCCAGUGCUGCUGGGAUGGCUGCCAGUGCAAAUCACAAUCUGCUGCGUGAGUGGCGCUAUUUACCACCAUACCGGCCACCACCACCUCCACCCAGCCUGCACCAUGCUGCCCCGCUCUCCAUCGGUGGAGGACGCUUCGAGAAUCCGCCCUACUCUAUGUCGCAUUGGUUGGAACUGAUCACGCGACUAAACAUAGCGUCGGAAAAGGCCAACAUUAACAACACGGCCGAUGUGGGUAGCGUUGAUGGUCACUACGAGUUCGAUCCUUCUACGCCGACUCCGACCGCGUCCACCCCAACAGGCAUGAUCCGGGACGAUUUCCAUCAUCUGAUGACACUUCCGUCGACCUCGAGUGAUCUGCUGUGGAGCGCGACUGGGCUUGCGGGCGUUGUUUCGUCGUUGAACGGUAGCCGAAAGCGGGGUCAAUCGCGAUACGAUAACAUCGAUGCGCGGGUGCAAGCCAUGAAGGAGGAAUUCUACGAAUACCGUAAGCGACAGCAGCUGCAAGCCGUUAGUGGUGGACAGAACGUGGCUGAGCUUGAGAGCGCCUGCUAAUUUCUACGAUCACAGUCGAAUUAUCUGAUCGAAAGCGUUAGAUCAGGGGCGAAUGAGGUGGUCGAAGGCUGCAAUCGACGAUGGAAAAGAUGAUCAAAAGAGGGUAACGAUGCAAACGACACAAACAGACUAACUCUCUAGAGCAAUACAACAGCGAUCGAAAUAUGUCCGUUUCUCAACACAUUACCUAGUUUUGUUGCUACUGUUUUACGAUGGCAUGGGAGGGCUGGAAGCAGAUGUCUCUGGAGUUCUAUGUCUUGUGAAGCCUUUGAAUCAUCUGUGAACCGUAUUGGUCCGUUACGAUUUAAUAUACUCACUCACUGGACUCAUCCACUAGUGUGGACACGGCGAAAUCAUAUUACCGAAAAAUAUUCAUGCACCUCGACACACAGCCACACAAACAUAACACCCGUUCUAGAAAGAGUUGCAAGUUAAACGAAAACAAAAAAAAUCACAUUAGCAUAUGAAAUGAAACGAAGAGACAAGGAAACUAAGGAAUCAACGGAAGGAGAAUGCAAAGUAAAUGCAUUAACAUAAUUUCAGAACACGUAUAGAAAGCACGCUCACCUUUAUUACUGAUACUAAAGUCACCCAUUUCACCAAGUCGAAAAACAAGAAAGAAUAAUACCACUUAUAAAUGAUAAAAAUGAAACAUUUUUCUGCACAUAGUGAAGAGAAUUAAAGGAAAAAAAAAGAUGAAAAUGAGAACAUGACAAAUAGGUAUCCACAUAACUAAUAUUUAAUGUUCUUACAACCGAACAAUAUUCUGAAUCUCUGACGCAAGAAACAAAGCAAAAAGGAAACUCUCAAAACAUAUGAAAUGAAAUAGUAAACGAAUCGAGGUAACAAAGCAACAAGUAGUAGUUCGUAAGAGAUUACAUAAUAAGAUAAUCUAGUAGUUUGGUAGUCACAGCAGCAACAGGCGUAUCGAUGUCGUCGUUGAGCAGGUAACACGAGGCGAGUAUCGGAUCGCGUUACAUUAACAUGGGGAAUACUCAAGCAGGAAAAAUAAAAACACAAACAGCUCACAGAAUAUAAUUAUUCAUGGCUUACUGGUGGCGUUAAAAUCUAGCAUCAGUCAGUCAGUCAGACCAGUGAGUACGGCAAGCGAAACCAUUCAUUCUAAACUAGCGAAACAAGAAAUAACAAAUUCAAAAUUGAGAUUAAUAGAGUCAAUGGUAUAAACGAAUCGAAUGAUCCACUCAACCAAGACUCCACUACCUAUUGCACGUUUUGGUAGUGGAGUUAGUGUAGCCGAUUGCAAACAAGUUGUGUUACUUCAGCACGAAUGAGGAAAAAACAACGUACUGGCAGAGUAAACUAACUCUAUGCUGGUUUGCCAUAGGAUAGCACAUAUGAGUUGAGAUUAAUUAUAGUUUGAAUGCGAUACAUAGUGAUAUAUUUAUGUUUGAAUGCAUUGUGCGAUAUAUAGCAUACACAAGAAUAGCACUAGGCAAUACAUGACCCAUUCGUCGUGUUGGGCGACGUCAAUGUAAUUACGAAGUAACGCGGAUCCAUGAGUCUCACACGCUUGCUGAAAACGGGUUAGCCACACAAAUGGAAUAUAACUUUGAUUUACGACUUCCAUCAGGCACAACCCGGCCACCCCCCCCCCCACCCUCCCUCCCUCCCUCCCUCCCUUUCUCCCUGUUUUUAUAUGAUCGAUAUCCGUCGUAGAAACAGUUGCAUUUAAGUUAUUACAUGAGUUGAAGAUUAUAACGGACUAAUCCAUGUUGUUUUCACUGUUGAAAUGGCUUUGUUUCAUUAGACAUACAUUUAUACAUUUACAUUUAUAGUCUUUUCUUAACGCAUAAGUUAUUAAUAUGUCGGUUUCUUUAUUUUCAAGUUGCCUAUGAAUGGUACAAAACGAAUGUGGGAAAGCGAGAUUGGGUAUGCAAUGUUCUAGUGCAUACCGGACAACAGAAGUUACGGAUUGUAACAGAGCACAACGAUGCGCAGAGCGUAUCCCAGAGAAUAAUAGGCACUUUUUUGUAUGCCGGUACGUUUUGGAUUUUUUAUCUGUUCCAUCUUGUGGCUAAGCGUCGGCAAGACAGUGAUUGACCAUACUACUCGAUUGCGUGCCAUGGGACUAGAUUAUCAUCAUCACCCCCUCACAAGUUUGAUUGAAAAAGUAAACGAAAAAUAACUUUUGAACUAUUGUGAACAGUACGAGGACGUGUUGAACUGGUUUCAGUGGUCACACAUGAAGGUCGUUUUUAAAUGAAGGAAAAAAACUAACAAAAAAUACAAUGACAGAGUUAGUAUAACACACGGUAAUCCAGUUUAUUGAUAUGGCCCCUUUCAAGCGAUGAAGAGCAAUUGAUGCAAACAAAUUUCAGGUUGGCUUACGAUGAACCAAAACGAUGAAUCGAUCAAUGAGCAUAAGAAAAGUUAAGGCCUUGGCCGACGGGAAGUACACAAGAAACACAGCAACACACAACACACAUAGCACACAGAUCGACUUAUCGACCCGUAACUUGUACAUAUUCCUUGUUCUCGUAUGAUUUCUAUAACAAGUAUAGAGAAACAGAACCGACAUACAUACAUUCCAUUAGCUUCUAGUUUAUAUCGAAUAAGGAUUAGAAAAAAAAACAAACACUUGAAGUAAUAACAAUUAUCGGAUUAGAAAAUGGAAGCUAUUGAAUAUAUAACGAAAUUUAAAAAAAUAUGAAACCAAAAAAAAGCAGAAUGUUUCACCUAAAGCAGCUUUAAUUUUGUAUUUCCUGUGAUGCGGAAUACUUUCAAAUUGGUAUCCUUUUGCCUUUCGAACGCUCUACUCUUGGCUCCGGGCGCCGAAUGAGAUUAUUUUUACUAGUUUUUAACGGACGCUAAUUAAGCAGCAGCAACAGAGACAGUGCAAAUCAGUUCAAAUAGGUUGUCUUAAAUAUUUUUAAAUCUUAUUUUAUCCCUUCGUAAAAGAACGAUUCCAGGUUCGAUAGAGUUUAUUUAUGAUCGCGAUGCACUUAUUUAUUUAUAAAUUGAAAGUAAGUGUAAUCCUACUUACUCGAACACAAUAGAUUGUAUGAUUUCUAACGAAAAAUAAAUAAAUCUAA